GAGGGACGGGCGCCUGAGCCGGCGAGAAGAGGCGUCUGGGGAGGUGCCUGAGCCCUGGGCCAGACUCCUGCGCCCCAGCGGCCGGGAAGGGGCCCCCUCGGGCGCCUGCUCCGCUCAGAGUGCCCGCUGGGUGCCUGUCGCUUUAAAUAGCGGCGCCUGUUCUCUGGGGCUGUGCUAAGUGACAGCUGGGAAGGUGGGGAGAGGAAGGGGAGGCAUGAGCGGGGCUGGCUGUGCGCCUGCGGCCACGGCUCUGCUCCUCGCCGGGGGGCCGGGCACGGAUGGGCAGCGGCGGGGGCCGGGGGCCCGGGAGCCUGGCCUGGCCCGGGGGCAGCCAGCUGCGAGCGGCCCCUUUGGCCAGUGAUCGGAAGCUCGACCCUUUCCCGUCCCCUGCCCUGGAGAGAGCCCAGAGGAGGGAUGCGGAGCGCAGAGCUGGGCAGGGGUUGCCGUGGCGGCUUUUAAGGAAAAGCAGCGAGCGGCUUCCUUCGUCCUUUGACCGGUCGUCUGGAGCCCAGGCUGGGCUUCCCGCGGGGCUCCCGGCUGGGAAUAUGCAGCCCCUCGGGGGCCCCUAACAGCUCGUCUCCUGCGCUGGGCUGCUGCUCCUCCCAGACGGGGUGGCCCCCCAUGGAUUCGGAGUGCUACGCCAGCAUGCAGGUGGGGAUGCGCGUGGUGCGAGGGGCCGACUGGAAAUGGGGCAACCAGGACAACGGCGAAGGCAACGUGGGCACCGUGGUGGAGAUCGGGAGGCAGGGCAGCCCCACGACCCCUGACCGGACGGUGGUGGUCCAGUGGGACCAGGGAACCAGGACCAACUACCGGACUGGCUUCCAGGGCGCCUACGACCUUCUCCUCUAUGACAACGCCCAGAUAGGGGUCCGGCACCCCAAUAUCAUCUGUGACUGCUGCAAGAAGCAUGGGCUGAGGGGCAUGCGCUGGAAGUGCCGGGUCUGCUUCGACUAUGACCUCUGUACCCAGUGCUACAUGAACAACAAGCACGACCUGGCCCACUCCUUUGAGCGUUAUGAGACUGCACACUCGCGCCCAGUCACCGUGAGUGCCCGCCACAACCUUCCUCGAAUCACCCUGAGGGGCAUCUUCCAAGGCGCCAAGGUCCUCCGGGGCCCAGACUGGGAAUGGGGCAAUCAGGAUGGGGGUGAGGGGAAGCCAGGCCGUGUGAUCGACAUCCGCGGAUGGGACGUGGAGACGGGGCGCAGCGUGGCCAGCGUGACCUGGGCCGAUGGCACAACCAACGUCUACCGUGUGGGGCACAAGGGCAAGGUGGACCUCAAGUGUGUAGUGGAGGCGCCCGGCGGAUUCUAUUACAAAGACCACCUACCUCGGCUAGGCAAGCCCGCCGAGCUGCAGCGGAAGGCCAGUGCCGAGAGCCCGCCCUUCCAGCAUGGAGACAAGGUCAAGUGUCUGCUGGCCAUGGAUAUUCUCCGCGAGAUGCAGGAGGGCCACGGAGGCUGGAACCCCAAGAUGGCCGAGUUCAUUGGCCAGACGGGGACAGUCCACCGCAUCACCGACCGGGGCGACGUGCGGGUCCAGUUCAAUAGUGACGCCCGCUGGACCUUCCAUCCUGGUGCCCUGACCAAGCAUAACACGUUUUGGGUCGGUGAUAUGGUCCGAGUCAUUGAGGACCUAGAAACGGUGAAGCGCCUGCAAGCCGGCCAUGGGGAGUGGACGGACGACAUGGCCCUGGCCCUGGGCCACAUCGGGAAAGUGAUGAAGGUUUUUGGGGACGGAGACUUGAGGGUGUCCAUUGUCGGAGGUCAGUCCUGGACUUUCAACCCUGCCUGCCUGAUGGCGUACCACCUGGAGGCCGAUGCCAACCUGAAUGCCACAGAAAGUGCCAAGGAGCCAAAGAGCUCCCUGGGAGCUGCCCUGGAGAAGCUGCUCACCCAGAAGAGUGACCCCGAGCAGCCGGGGCGGCUGGUGACUGAGGUGGCUCACGGCAACGUCGCCAGGGUGCUGGAACUGGUGAAGAGGCACCCAGACAAGGUGGAUGUCAGAAACCAGGGCCGGACGGCCCUCCAGGUGGCCUCCUAUCUCGGCCAGGUGGAGCUGGUGCGGCUGCUGCUGCAGGCCCACGCGGGCACAGACCUGCGGGAUGAUGAGGGGGACGCCGCGCUGCACUACGCGGCCUUCGGGAACCAGGCCGAGGUGGCCCGGGUGCUGGUGAGCCGCGGAGCCUGCGUCAACCUGAUCAAUAACGCCAAGUGCACCGCCCUGCACGUGGCCGUCCGCAAGGGCUUCCCGGAGGUGGCGUGCGUCCUGUGCGAGCAAGGCUGUGACGUCAAUCUGCCCGACAUGUGUGGAGACACCCCCUUGCACUGUGCCAUCUCAGCAGACACCAAGGGCAUCAUCGAGAUCCUCACCGAGGUGCCCACCAUCGACUUCACCGCCUCCAACUGCCAAGGCUUCAACCUGCUCCACCACGCUGCCCUCAAAGGCAACACGCUAGCCGUCCGGAGAAUCUUGGCCCGGGCCCGGCAGCUAGUAGACACCAAAAAGGACGACGGCUUCACGGCCCUCCACCUGGCCGCCCUCAACAACCACCGGGAAGUGGCCGAGACCCUCAUCAAAGAGGGCCGCUGUGACGUGAACCUCCGCAACAACCGCCACCAGCUGCCCCUCCACCUGGCCGUGACCCAGGCCCACGUGGCGCUGCUGCCCCUGCUGGUGGGCGCCGGCAGCGACAUCAAUGCCGAGGAUGAGGCCGGGGACACGGCCAUGCACAUCGCCCUGGAGAAGCACCAGCUGCUGGCACCGCCCAUCGAGGCCGCUGGUGCCGAUGAAGGAGCCGGGCUCUUCUCCAGGCUCCAGGCCUCCAGCUUCCUGGGUGGUGCAGAGCCCACGGUGGGCAUCGCCAUGGCCUGCUUCCUGGCCCAAGAGGGCGCCGACGUGAGCUAUGCCAACCACUGGGGCAAGUGCCCGCUUGACGUGGUCACCGACAGCCGUGCGGCUCAGGCCAUUCGGAGCUUUGCCCAGAGGUUCAGGGAGCAGCAGGGCUCUCUGGGCAGCGCAGGGCGUGCCUGCGGCCUGCGGCGGAUGCACAGCACGCCCAACACCAUGACCAACCUGAGCGUGGGCGGAGCUGGCGGCGGGGCCCCUGCCGGGCCCUCUGAGUGUCUCGUGUGCUCCGAGCUGGCCCUGCUGGUGCUCUUCCUGCCCUGCCAGCACAGCAUCGUGUGCGAAGAAUGUUCCCGGAGGAUGAAGAAGUGCAUUCGCUGCCAAGUCACCAUCAACAAGAAGCUUCGGCAAGACAGCAGCGAGGUGGCAAGCAGCCUGUCGGGGCUGGAGUCGGCGGGGCAGCGGCAGCUGAUGGAGGAGCUGCAGAGCCGCUACCGGCAGAUGGAGGAGCGCAUCACGUGCCCCAUCUGCAUCGACAGCCACAUCCGCCUGGUGUUCCAGUGCGGCCACGGCUCCUGCCUCGAGUGCAGCUCGGCGCUCAGUGUCUGCCCCAUCUGCCGCCAGGCCAUCCGCGACCGCAUCCAGAUCUUCGUGUGAGCCCAGAACUCGAGCGGGGGCGACCUGCGGGCCGAGCUCGGGCCGGGCCCCGACCGCCUCGGCCGGCCUGCUCGACGGUCCCGCGGCCCCUCUCGCUGCCAGGGAGGCCCCGGCGAUCGAGCACUUUACAGGAGGGGGCUGGGGGUGCCAGGCUGGGCCCGGGUCUCCGGCACGCUCGGGGGUGGGCAGAAUUGGACGCUCGGCUCGGGUGGACGUCGGAGGUGGGUCCCGGCUGCCGCGCCGCGCCACGCCCAGGAGAUUCCCGCCCUCUUCUCGGGGUGGGCAGGCUGGGCUCCGGGCGGGGACGCAGUGGGGGCCCAGGAGGGGCCUCUUCUGCCGCCGGGGCUGGGGGGGCCCCUCAUCUCUUCACAGCCCCCCCCCUCGGCCUCCACUGGCCCGCCCACCCCAUGGGGCUUCAGGGACUCUCGGCCAUGGGCACCGCGGCCAGCAGCCAUCCGUGCCAGGGGACACGCCGCUUCCGUCCUCCCAUGAGCUCCAGUGUGUGGCGUGUUGUGAUUCCCCGCAUCCUUGUGUUGGCUGUCCGACCUCCCCAGCCCAGGUACCAGCUGUGUCCUGUUACAAAAGAGCCAUUUUUCCAGUAUCUGCCUUUGCAAAAACUCCCCUCACCAAACACGCACACACAGGCGCACACGCGUGCGCACAUGCACACACACAGCCAGAUGCAUUUUAUAAAAGGAAAAAUGAAUUUUG